UCAGUCUGUGAGAUACCGGCUGCAUUUCUUCAAGAUAAUCUUGUGCCACCUUCUGCUGAUGACGACUCCUACCUCGUGGCAUCUCUGCUGUUCCCGGAGCUCCGGUUGCGGGAGUUUCCAUCUGCUGCGGGAGCUGGGCUGGGGCAUGGGGCACGUUUUGGCUCUGGUGGUGGUUUUCCGUGGUGGGACUGCUUAAAGUACAGUUUCUGCUGAUCACUGUUAUCCACCAGCACAAGGCAGGAACCAGUCUUCCUAAAUUAGUCAAAUAACUCAAUUCCUAAACUAUUUGUGCAGUUCUUUCCAGGCUUAAAGCUGACUCCCAUAUCCCCGGUCCUUGCCCUCCGCCCCCUCUUCCUUCACCAGCAGAGGUCUGGGUUCAUCUGCUUCUCCCUGCUCUCACCCAUCUCAUGUCACCGCUUUAGUCCCCUUUUACGCUAUGUGUGUGUUCUCGUUGGCCUUUUAAGGAUUACAAAUAUUUUCUCCCCAGCUCCCGCUCAGCACCCAGCCUGGUGCAGCCUCUGCCCCCUCCUCAGUAUUUUUGGUGUGGGGAGGGCAGGUGAGAGCAGAGGGGAGCAGCAAGGGGAGCAGCACUACAUGGGCCGAGCUGGCUUUGGUAGGCUGGGUCUGCAGCAGAGCUCCUCUUAGGCAGGGUUAACCCUUUGCUGCAGGGCUGGGGCUUGGUCUGGGCAAGGAAACCCGAGCUGUACAACACCGGGGCCCCAGCGCGGGGGAGGCUGGGGCAUGCCCAGCUCUGCUGCAAGGCUGCGGCAGCCGAGAAAAUAUGUGAUUUUAUUUUUUAAUUUAUUUAUUUUCUGUGUGUGGUUUGUUUGCUCCUUGGUGUUGUUUGGUGCUGGGAUGCCAGGGUCCCCACUUGGUGGGACAGGGCUGCCAGGAGGAUGCUGCUGUCAUGGUUACUCUCCAAGAAAAAGGAACAGGAGACGGGGGCUCUGCGGUCACCAGUUCCAGGGUGGGGUUGUGUCCCGCUGUGUGUGGGCUGAGGUGCCUGAGUCAGGCAGUGUGGCACUGGGGUGUCCCUGGGGAGCUUGUCCCCUCGGCCAGGCAUGGGCAGGAGAUGCUGGGUGACACUGGGAGCAGUGGGAAGCACCGGGCAGCCCCACGUGUCUGGGGACGGUGGAGAAGGGAAGGAUUUCUCCAUUUCCAUCUCUGUAGAGCUGUGAAUUUACCUCUAUAAAUAGUUGCUGUGGAUACUGUGGAGCUGACAAACGGGGAGGAGGGCAGGGCAGGGAGAGGCCAGCAGUAAAGUGAAUCCCAGGCAGCUGUCCCAGGUCUCCUGCUCUCCUGCAGCCAAAGUUGUUCCCAGAAGCAGUGCUGUGACCCGAUACCCAGCCCUGCUCCUCACCACGGCUGCCCAGCCACACACAAGAGCCCGGUCUGCUCAAGGACACUGCUCCCGGGCAGCACAGACUAAACGGGGAGCGGGACCAGCUGGUACCUCUCUUUGGGCAGCUCCAGAAGGAGCCAGAUGACAACAGGAGUGGUGCCUGCGAGCGGCUGCACCGAGUAAAGUGUUGAAGACCUCACCACUCGUGCCCCACGACCUGGUUCCCCGCUGCCUCCGUCCCCUUGUACCGGGAUCUGCUGGGCCAUGGAUUUGGGGGUGCAGGAGGUGUCGGCAGCCCAGCGCACAGAAGGCCACCACCCCACUCGGGAAGGAGAGGUGUUCAACGUGCGAUACCAGGCUCUGUGCAAACUGGGCUGCGGAGCCUUUGCCACCGUCUGGCUGUGCCACGACAUGAGGAGGAAGAAACAUGUAGCAGUGAAGGUCCUGAAAAGCAGGGAAGGCUUUGCUGAGGCUGCCCAGGAUGAGGUCGCUCUCCUGCGCUGCGUGAGUAGUAUGAAGAAGAAGGACCGGGCAGGAGAAAACAUUGUCUGUUUGUUAGAUGACUUCAGGAUGAUUGGAGAGAACGGCUUCCAUGUGUGCUUGGUAUUUGAGGCACUGGGUCCUUCCCUGCGAUGUCUGAUGGAGAACUACGCAGCCCAGGGACUGCCUUUGCCUUUUGUGAAAAAGUCUUUACAGCAGGUGCUGGAGGGGCUGCAAUUCCUGCACAAGUGCUGCCGCAUCAUCCACACCGACAUCAAACCGGAGAACGUCUUGCUGUACGGACGUGACAAAAACCUCCAAAGGCUUCUGCUUUGUAUGUUCGACUGCGGACAGAGAACAGAUUUGAGGCUAAAGGGGCCAGCAGGUGACCUCAGCCGUCGAUUGGAAGAAUCUGAUUUAAUGAGCAUAGAAGUGAAAAUCGCAGAUCUGGGCAGCGCGUGCUGGACAUACAAGCCUUUUUCCAAGGAGAUCCAGACCCAGCCGUACCGUGCGCUGGAAGUGCUGCUUGGGUUAGACUACGGCACUCCUGCGGAUAUCUGGAGCACGGGCUGCCUGGCAUUUGAAAUGGCAACUGGGGAGCAUUUAUUUGAUCCUCAAGCCGGGAAAUACUUCUCCAGAGAUGACGAUCAUGUUGCUCGUAUUAUUGAACUCCUAGGACGAAUUCCUCCUCAAAUUGCUUUCUCCUGGAAGAAGUCGACGAAAUUUUUCAGCAGGCCAGGUAAGAAUCGGAGUAAGGAAGUUUACUGUGAAUCUCUGAAAUACUCCUACUCAUCUCACACUGAAAACCCCAAAAUCUACAUUACACAACGCAGUCUGCAAGCAGGGACAGGACGCAAGCGGAGGUUUCAUACAGAGCAGCAACACUCCCUGCCCUGCCUACCUUUGCAAUCCAGGAGCGUUCCAGGGAUGAACGCGAAAUCCUGA